AUGCUAAAGCGCGUUAACGGUCAUCCGGACUUUAAGAAGGAUCCUGACUGGCUUCACAUGGUCGACAUCGAGGCCCAGGAAUUCGACGUUAACGAGCCAAUUUGGUCUUCAUUCAACCGGAGGUUGAGCAAUAGGCUGGUUCUACGCAUUGGUUCAAAGUAUGUUUGCAACUCACAUCUAGUCUGGGUCGUGGAACCGCCGCGUGGUGGAGAAUGA